CAUGGAGCUCUUGGAGGCGCGGCAGGGCUCGGCGCUCGGCGGCACAUCAGCCGUGGAAGCCCGGAUUUACCCCAGCCACCACUCUUUGCUUCGUGUCUCUGCUCCCUAGACGCCUCUUCCCUGAGCGUGUUCCUUUCCCUAUGGAUUCACUUCAGACCGAACAGAUGCUGAGCUUGCCCGCCGCCGAGCUCAGCAGCAACAACUUAGAGCUGGCGGAGCCGGCGGAGCCGGCGGAGCCGGUGGCAUCGGCGGCCGGCGCAGACACAGGCCCCCACCCAGAGACGCCUACAGAGGGCCCUGCACCGCUCUCGACGAGGGAGCCGGAGGAAGAUCAGCCUCCAAGGACCUCAUCGCCAGAGUGCAAAGUCCUGCUCACGCAGGCCGACGCCUUGGCGUCCGGGGGGCGCCUCCAGGAAGCCCUCGAGGUGUACAGACAGCUCUCGGAGCGGCAGCAGUUGGUGGCAGAGCAGCUGGAGCAGCUGGUGCGCUGUCUGGCUGAGAAUGUCUCCCAAGGCAAGGAGUCGGAGCCGGCGCCCCCGGACGGGGGUAGCGCAGCAAGCUGCGUGGUGGUGGCGGAGGAGACAGGGGCGGCCGCAGAUGCAGCCGCGGCCACCGAGGUGUGGGACGGCUUUAUGUGCCGGAAGUGUCAUGGAUUUCUAUCAGACCCCGUGUCCUUGUCCUGCGGCCACACCUUUUGUAAACUGUGCCUGGAACGUGGGCGGGCAUCCGACCGGCGUUGUGCGCUGUGCGGGGUCAAGCUCUCCGCACUGAUGGUGGCCAACGGGCGGGCACGCGGGUCCCGGCGGGCUGGGCAGCAGGCGGGGCCGCCGCCGCCGUCACCGCUGCGGGUCAACGUGGUGCUCAGCGGCCUCCUGGGCAAGUUGUUCCCGGGCCCCUCGCGGGCGUCGCAACUCCGGCACGAGGGCAACCAGCUGUACCGCGAGCGACAAGUGGAGGCAGCACUGCUCAAGUACAACGAGGCACUCCAAUUGGCUCCAAAUGACCACCUGCUUUAUAGUAACCGGUCUCAAAUUUAUUUCACCUUGGAGUCUCAUGAGGACGCACUACAUGAUGCAGAAAUAGCAUGUAAGCUCCGCCCAAAGGGUUUUAAGGCACACUUUAGAAAAGCCCAAGCAUUAGCCACCCUAGGCAAGGUGGAGGAAGCACUGAGGGAGUUUCUCUAUUGUGUGUCCCUUGAUGGAAAGAACAAAAGAGCACGAUCUGAAGCCCAAAGGCUUCUUCUUAGUUUCUUUUCACCAUCAGUCUCGGGGGAGUCUCACGAACAUUCUCCCGAUAUCCUGAAGCUGUUGGCACCUCACCCUAGAUUAAAGGAACACGUAGAGUCAAUGGCUACUGAAGGCACCAAGCAUAAUCUACCAGAGUUGUCACAGGAAAAUCAGGAGCUCCCACAGUGUUCUAGUCAAGAGGAAGCUGCAGCCAGGGAAGAUGACAGCAGCCCUAUAGACCCUGCUAAAGCAGAGGUGGAUGGUGCACAAGACAACACGGAAGGCCAGGAAGGAGAGGAGGAAAGGGAGGAUGCCGCCUCUCCAGAAGCUGCCUCUAUCAAGACCGGCAAAUGCCAGGAAAAGAAAAGGAAACAUGGCCAAACUGAACCCCGAGAAGACAUGGAGGUGCCUAAUAAAGCCUCCAAGCAAGGUCCUCCCGCUGACCAGGAGGCCAAACCUGUUCUCAGUAUUCCAGUUGUAUCUUUCGAUGCAUCUGACCUUGAAUGCGCCCUAUGUAUGAGGUUAUUCUUUGAGCCAGUUACAACACCUUGUGGACACACCUUUUGCUUAAAAUGCCUUGAAAGAUGCCUAGAUCACAACGCAAAGUGUCCAUUGUGCAAAGAUGGUCUUUCACAGUGCUUGGCAUCAAGAAAAUACAGCAAAAAUGUAAUAAUGGAAGAGCUAAUAGCUAAAUUCCUGCCAGAAGAACUCAAAGAACGAAGGAGGCUUUAUGAAGAAGAAAUGGAAGAACUUUCUAACUUAAAUAAGAACGUGCCUAUUUUUGUGUGUACCAUGGCCUACCCCACCGUUCCGUGUCCCUUACACAUAUUUGAGCCUUGUUACCGCCUGAUGAUUCGCAGAUGCAUUGAGACAGGAACAAGACAAUUUGGCAUGUGCCUUGGAGAUCCCGUCAAAGGGUUUGUGGAAUAUGGCUGCAUUCUGGAGAUCAGAAAUGUUCAAUUCUUUGCUGAUGGCCGCUCAGUGGUUGACAGCAUAGGCAAGAGGCGCUUCAAGGUCCUCCAUCAGGGACAACGAGAUGGCUAUAACACAGCUGACAUUGAAUACAUUGAAGACCAAAAGGUUCAGGGAGAAGAUUGUGCUGAGCUCAUGGGAUUACAUAACUGUGUCUAUGAGCAAGCGUCAUCAUGGUUUCAUUCACUGAAAACAUCCCUGAAGAAUCGGAUACUCAAUCACUUUGGGCCAAUGCCAGAGAAAGAUGCUGAUCCCCAGGUUAAUCCGAAUGGUCCAGCCUGGUGCUGGUGGACAUUAGCAGUUCUUCCCUUGGAAAGCCGAGCUCAGCUCCCGUUCCUAGCGAUGAAGUCCUUAAAGGAUAGACUCAAUGGUAUUCGGCGAAUCCUGGCCUUUAUAUCCCGAAACCAAAACUAGUGAGUGGAUUGCUGAAGAGGAGCUCCCACCCUCCCCACUGCCCUAGGAGGGAGUCUUCUUGUAAAUAUAUCUAAUUGCAAUAACAUCUUAACAGAAGAGGGUAUCAAACAGAGGCGUUCGCCUGCUGUUGAUUGCAGAGGAAAAUUGAGUAGAAAGACCCAAAAGAAUGUGACCUAUUUGAAACUUUCUGUCUUAAAAUGCUUUUCGACAUGCUGCACAACUACAUAAAUAGUAGAGGUGUGUAAGACCCCAGAAAAAAAACAAUUGAUUUUAUCCUAAAAUGUUCUCAAAGUUGAAAGUGGUUUUGCUUUAAUUUUCUUUCAUAGAUCAAUGACCAUGUAGUUCACAUGUGAAGCAAAGAUAGUAAAAAUGUUGCUGCAUUAUUUUCACUGACUUGAGGUCUCAUUCCAAAUGGUUCAGGUUUUAUGGAGCAUUGUGUAAAAUAAUGUUCAUACUUCUUUCUGUUUUAAUAAUUUAUUUUUUUUGCACUACUGUAUCCUUUUUUCUACAUGUAUGUUUGUAACUAUUUAAGUGUAUAUUACUGAAAAGUCUGUUGCUUUAUUUAUUGAUGUGGUUUACCAUAUACCUAGGGGGAAAUAAUAAUAAUAUUAGAAAUGUGCAAUUUUUCCUUUAUUUUUAACUACAUUCAUCCCAGUUCUUGGACCAGUUCUGUACUAUGCAAGUGGAUGUUUGAAAGAAGUUCAGAGUGAUGCUAAGAUCACCUGUCUUCACAGAUUCCACUUUUUUUCCCCCCAGUAUGUUAAACUGUAAGGGAUUUGGCAUAGAUUAUGGUAUAUGCCAGGGUAAGGUAAAAUCCAUUUUCUGUGUGUAGCCCAGAACUAGGCUGAAAGAAUUACUUUUCUGGAAUGAAGAGACAAAUCAGAGGAGUGUCUCUUACUAUAAUCUACAGCCAUAUAAUUAUAAGUGUAUCUGAUUUCUUCCCAGUGCAGUUAAGAAUCGGAUUGUAGUCAGGAUCAUAAUUAACCCUUCAGAGGGAAUGGUUUCCCAUUGAGCACAUCACGGCCAUACCCAACUAGCCACCAUGCCCCACCUCUUCCCAGGAUGCCAAAGAUCAAGACCUGGGCUAACGUGAGGAAACACUUAAUGAGGGACUAUUUGUUAUUAAAAGUAUAAAGAAGCCACUAGAUAGGGAUGAACCCUUUAAAAAUGCUUUUAAAGGAACCAGAGAAUUAAUCCAUCAUUUAAUCUAAGCAUUGCCUUUCCUCCUAGUUGCAGUGAGCCAAAGAUUUCAAUGUAGGGGGAGAUUGGAGGUAACAGUAAGCCCAUGUGUGGCUCAUUUAGUGCUAGUCCUUCAGUGGCAGGAGAACCUAAAAAGUACCAGAGUAUGGGGGUGUUAUAAUGCAGGGUACAAGUGAAUUGUGCCAUUCAUACCUUCAUGCUAAUUAGUGCCAUGUGAGUUUUGGACAGGUGUGGUGCAUUACCCACUCAUAGCCCAUCCACUCUGUUAAGGUAACAGGGUAAUGCUUUAAGUAACUAGUGUUACUACUUCUACCACCACCUGUGGCCAGAAACCAGCGAGGGAGAAUGAGGUGAUCCAGCGAACUAAAAAGAGACUCAUGUAAGCAGAGACCAAAUGGUCUUUUUGCACUUGCCUAAUGGAUGCUGUGUUGUCAGAGCAUUGUGUGGCUAGGUUUGAUGUUUGGAGCCAGACUGAGGAGGUGAAGAGUGGAAGCAAAUGGAAGUAUAGGUGUGGUUUCUGCUGGUUCCGGAAAA